AUGGCUGUUAAUGAUGAAAUUGAUAUCAGUCUCCUUGAUUUGGACGAUAUCGACUACUCUGAUCUAGAGGAAAAAUACAAAGUUGAGCAGAACUCCUAUGCUGAUAACUACGUUGUUAUCGAUGGUAUUCCAAUCGCUCCAAAGACCAAGUUUCCUGUCUUGCAAAAGGUCUUGACAAAGUUGUUUACCUCUAUUGGUUGCAAGCUCCACGAAAACUCAUCUUUCCAUAUUCCUGCCGAUGAAAAGGGCAGAUCAAAGGGUUGGUGUUUUGUCCAAUUUGAAAAUCCCUCAGUAGCUGAAAUUGCUAUAAAAAGAUUGAAUGGUAAAAAAUUGGAUGCUAAGCAUCGUUUGUUUUUAAAUAAAUUGUCUGACAUUGAUAGAUAUGGAAAUACUGAAUUAACCAGCACUUUCAAAGAACCUAAAAUUCCGCCAUUCCAAGAAUCUGAAUAUAUUAGAUCGUGGUUGAAAGAUAAGGCUGGUCGUGAUCAAUUUUUAUUGCACAGAGAUGAUACAGUUGGCGUGUUUUGGAACAAUAAACUUAACAAUUCUUCACCUGUUGUUCCACCAAGAUCUAAUUGGACAAGUACUUUUGUGAAGUUUUCUCCAUUGGGAUCAUUUUUAUUUUCAAUUCACCCUCAAGGUGUUCAAUCUUGGGGUAGAUCCGAGUUUGAUAAAAUAGGUAGAUUUUUCCAUCCUAAUGUCAGAUUAAUUGAUAUCUCGCCAAAUGAAAAAUAUCUAGUAACUUUAUCUCCUGAUCCAAUUACUUUACCUCCUGAAGAUCAUGCAAAUAGAGCAAAUUUCCCAUUUUUGCCCAAAGAUGAAGGCAACCAGUUAGUAAUCUGGGAUAUUUUAACUGAAUUGCCCAAAAAAACAUUUGCUUUACCUACAGCAUUACAAAGUUCUAAAAAACUACCUUGGCCCCUUAUUAAAUGGAGUCAUGACGAUAAAUACUGUGCAAGAGCUGGACCAGGUGCUAUUGCAGUUUAUGAUUCUGAAACUAUGGAAUUAUUAGGUAAACAAAUCAUUAAAGUGCCUGAUAUAGUUGAUUUUGAAUGGGCUCCAACCGGUGUUCCUUUAGAAAUAAAUAAAAAAACUAAAGAAUUAUCAAACAUUCUAGCUUAUUGGACUCCUGAACUGGAAAAUCAACCUGCUAGAGUAGCUAUAAUGGAAAUUCCUACAAAAAAAGUUCUAAGAGCUGUCAAUGUUUUUUCUGUAUCAGAUUGUAAAAUUCAUUGGCAAAGUGAAGGGAAAUAUUUAUGUUGUAAAGUUGAUCGUCAUACUAAAUCUAGAAAGACUUUAUUUACUAAUUUUAAGUUUUUCCAAUUAACUGGAAAGGAUAUUCCUGUUGAAAAUCUUGAUGUUGAAGAUUUGGUCACAAAUUUUGCUUGGGAACCAAAGGGUGAAAGAUUUGUAACAAUUUCUACUCCAGGACAAGCCGAUGACAAUCCAUUACCUAAAAAUACUGUGUCAUUUUAUGCACCUGAAGUUGAAAAGGUUAAGAUUAACGCUUCUCUAUUAAAUAAAAGAAAAGGAGGAAUUGCUCCUCCUGUGGCUCAAUUUAAAAAAUAUCAAGCCGUCAAAUCUUUGAGCAAAAAACGUUCAAAUACUAUUUUCUGGUCUCCAGCUGGGAGAUUUGUUUUAGUAGCUACAAUUUUACCUUCAAAACCAGAAAUUGAAUUUUUUGAUUUUGAUUAUGUUGAAAAUAAAGGUCUAACUGAUAACGAAAACAAAAGCAACAAAGUUGUUCAGGCUAAUGUAAAGCAAAUUGGAUUUGCUGAACAUUUUGGUUUAGUAGAUCUUGCAUGGGAUCCUUCUGGACGUUUUGUUGCCGGUUGGUCUUCAAUAUGGAGACAUCCUGUAGAGAAUGGUUAUAAACUUUAUGAUUUUUCAGGGCAUCUUCUCAAGGCUGAAUUGAUUGACAACUUUAAAGAUUUCCAAUGGAGACCCAGACCGGCAUCAUUAUUAACUGCCAACAAUAAGAGAAAAGUACGUAAACAAUUGCGUGAAUAUUCUGCUCAAUUCGAUGAAAUUGAUGCUAUGGAGGCCAGUGAAGCUACAAGAGAAUUGAUUUUGAAACGUCGUGGCUUAUUGGAAGAAUGGAGAUCAUGGAGAGAAAAUGCUCAUGAAAAAUUGGCAAGAUUGGGUGUCAAACCUGUCGAAGAACCUAUAGAAGAGGAAAUUAUUGAAGAGAUUAAAGAAGAAAUUAUCGAAGAAACGGAAGAAAUAAUCGAAUAG